UUUGUGCUGCAAAUUUUUCAUUUUAUUCUGAUGUGAUUUUGAUGGUUCGACUUGAAAUCAAGCCCUAAAUUGUGGAUGUAUUUUGAUGAUCAUGAAUGAGAAAAAUAGCAUUGAAUGUUUAUGUAAAAGACUAGCAGGUUUGGAUAAAGUUUUCUUGCCGAUUAAGAAAAUUGGAACAACUCCAGAGAUAAUUGAAGACAAAGAAAUUUUCACUGCUGAGAAAAAAUAUGAUGAACUUCAAAAACAUUUCAAACAAAGCCCCAUGAAGUUCUUGCAAAGAUACUAUGAACAUAUAAAGCCAAAUGAAAUUUCCUGCUUCAAUUCUUUACCAGAAAAUGAGCAAGUCUGUUAUUACAUCCGGCAGAUUUGUCACAAACAAGAUCUAAAAGCAAGAACAGAACUUGACAGUCGUUAUAUUUCUCAUGAGGUUAAGAAUCGUCGAUAUCAAGCUAUGCAACAAAUGAUUAAAGAAGGAGAAUAUUUUAACGAGGAAGAAAUGAGUAAAAGAAAUCCAAAGCUUUAUCAACAUUACAUAGGAAGGUUUCUAUCGGCAGAAGAAAAAGAGGAAAGAAUGAGUGCAAGAGCUGCUGCUCAUCCAACCACACUUUCUGGAUUUUUCAUGGAUGUUAUUGAGAAGAAAUGGGACAAAGAGGAUGAGAAUCAGGAUGAGGAAUUUGAUGAUGACAGUGAAGAAGAGGAGGAACGUGUGCCAGAUAUUUCCGAAGAAGAGAAGGAGUUUUUAGCUGAAGAAUUUAAAUCCAGAAUGUACGAGAGUUUUCUCAGUGGAAUGGAUAAAAAUUUCUCAUAUGAGGAUGUUGACAUGAACACAGAUUACGAUGAUUUUCAUCAGAUUGAACGAGAUGUUGAAGACGAUUAUUUCGAUCAGGAGGAACCAUCAUUGAAUCUUCCUGGAGAAGUUGAUCAAGGUGCUGAAGAUUCAGAAGAUGAACUAGAUAGAUAUAUGAAGACGAUAGAUUCUUCGGGUAAUGGAUAAGGUUUCGAAGUUAUGUGUUGGAAAAGUGAGAAACCCACAAAGCGCUAUCACCAUGCUAUGGUGCAUACAGUACAGUCGCGAUAAAAGUGAGCGAUAUGCGUAGUGGAGCAGUUGAAAGCAUAAGACUUAACGUCGCAUCCAUCGCAGGUUACGUGUCCCUGGUUCAAAUACCAUGCUCAUAACCUAACCCAAGGUGUAAUAAAUUGGGUAGAUGUUGCCGAACUGAAACAUUCUGGUUCCUCUAAAGCAGGGGUCGGGAACCUUUUUGGGCAAGAGAGCCAUGAAAGGUACAUAUUUUCAAUUGCUUUUUGGUGCGAGCCGUAUGACAUUUUCAUCACCUAAUCGUGUCUUUAAUUUUUACUGAAAAGUCAACACAUACAAUGUCGAUACUGUAUACAAUCUGGUGCUGCAUAUUGUCGCCGAGGGUCUUGUGACUGCUCACAUGCAGCACAAGUUGAAAUCCACGAUACUCAUCACUUUUCUUUCUUUUGGGCAUCUCCGUAUUGCUUUAAAAAUUAGUUUUGCUGGCCCAAUCUAAAUUUUACAAAUAAACAGUACAAACCGACAGAAUA